AUGUGGAAGCCGUCGGAGCGCCUGAUGGACACCAUCAGACAUUAUGCCAGCUUCCCUGCCACGGGUGUCUCUCUACGCCAAAUGGUCCAAUUUGGUGACAGACCUUCAACCGGCACCCUCUUUCGCGCCUCGCAAUUCAUGUCCGAAGAACUCCCCAUUCGCCUUGCCCACCGUGUCCAGGACCUUGGUCAACUUCCCGAUGGUCUCAGUGAAAUGCCGUCGAUCAAAAAGGUCCAGGACUGGUACGCUCAAUCUUUCGAGGAAAUUAUCACCCUCCCCCGCCCCACCUUGACGCAAGAAGUCAAAGCCCGUCUGCUCCGGCCUGGUCGGAUGAAUGGUGGCGCUUCCAAGAUCCUCUCCGAAACCACCCAGAAUCCCAGUGUCCGUGAAGGGCAGUACCGGUCCUCUCCUACGUCGAAUGGCAAGAAUGGCAAUGGUCACAGCAAAGCCGCUGCCGCUGCCCGCAGAUAUUUCAUUCCGUCUGAUGAUCAAGGCGACUGGCCACCUGAGUUGAAAGACUACAAUGAACGCUUUGCAAAGACUCUCCAGCAGAUCAAACGUCGUCACGAUAGUGUUGUCACCACCGUCGCCCAGGGUAUUCUCGAAUGGAAACGGAAACGACAACGCUUGCAGAUUGAUUCCACUGUCCAGUCCUUCCUCGAUCGGUUCUACAUGUCGCGAAUUGGUAUACGAAUGUUAAUUGGUCAACACAUCGCCUUGACUGAGCAAACGCAUGUUCGCCAUCCACACUAUGUCGGCAUCAUCUGUACCAAGACCAACGUGCGCGAAGUCGCUCUCGAGGCCAUCGAGAAUGCGCGCUUUGUGUGUGAGGACUACUACGGUCUGUUCGAAGCUCCGAAGGUGCAGCUUGUCUGCAAAGAGGACCUGAACUUCAUGUACGUCCCAGGCCAUUUGUCGCACAUGCUCUUCGAAACCCUGAAGAACUCUCUGCGUGCAGUGGUUGAACAACAUGGAGCCGAAACCGAGAAAUUCCCUAUUACCAAGGUUAUUAUCGCUGAAGGCAAGGAGGACAUCACGAUCAAGGUCUCUGACGAGGGUGGUGGCAUUGCGCGAUCGGCCAUUCCGUUGGUCUGGACGUACAUGUACACCACUGUGGAAGAAACUCCCAGUUUGGACCCGGACUUCGACAAGAGUGACUUCAAGGCACCAAUGGCUGGUUUCGGUUAUGGAUUGCCUAUCAGUCGACUCUAUGCUCGAUACUUUGGUGGAGAUCUCAAGUUGAUCAGCAUGGAAGGAUACGGAACUGAUGUCUACCUUCAUCUCAACCGACUAUCCUCGAGUUCGGAACCCCUGCAAUGA